UUUUUAUAUAAUGCUACAGAAAAGCUGAACAUGCAUUGCAAUUAUUGUGUUGUUGCUUUACUUGCUGUUGGUAUAAUAUCGAGCGUUUGCAAUGGAGGACAUGCUCCUAACGUCGUAAAUACAUUUGCUUGCGAUCCUACAUUGGUUGAACAGAUACAAAUAUCAACCCCAUGUGGUGGGAUUUCCUCUCCCUCUUACCCACAACCAACCACAGGAAUGAUGGAAGGUUAUAAAAGUUGGCUCGUCAAUCCAGGGAAUAAAAAACGACAAGUAGUAGGUUAUCGUUUGACUUUCCACGAUUUUAAUGUCGGUAGUCUUUCGACCCUUAUCAUUGGAAACUCAGCCAGAACUAGCGGCAGUGGAAUACUUAAGGUCGCCGGAGACAUAAUUAUCAUUCAAGGCAAUGGAGCGACGGAUGGUGGAAUUACUAUCGUACAAGGAAGAAACAAACUUUAUAAAUCAAAUGGAGAUUCUUUUGAUGUCAACUUCUCAAAGAUGUUCAUAACUUUAAAACAAAGCACAUCAAAAACACAACCUGGCGCUUUGUUCUCCAUUACUUAUUGUGCAGAUUUUGAUAAGUGUCAUGAACAAGAGAACUAUUGUAAAAACAGUGGAACCUGUAUACGCGAUGGAUUCAACAAAUAUCAAUGCAGCUGCAAUGCUGGUUAUUCUGGGCGACAUUGUGAAUCUGAUAUUGAUGAAUGUGCUAGUGGGUUGCAUUCUUGCCCCGAAGACUCAAAAUGUAAGAAUUCUGACGGAGGAUUUUACUGCACUGAUAAAAGAGGAGCUAUUGUACACAGAAGCAGCUUUGGUAAAACAAGCAACAAGAGUGUAGUUGAACUUUGUGGGAGUAAUCCAAGUUCUGGAUUGCGAAAGUGUGAAGCUUCCCGUUGUGUUAGAAGAGCUCGGGCAGAAGAUGCAGGUUGUAAUAUUCCACCUCCUCUUUCAUUACAAACAACAGCAAGUUCGGGAUACUCAAGUUAUCUUGGAAUGCCUCGCAUUAAUUUUGGUGGUGGAAUCAAUUAUGAUGCAGCAACCAGCAACAACAAGAAAUGUGCUUUUGAAAAUGAGUUUUUUUCUGUUAGCCAGUUGUCAACCAACAUGAUUGGUGUUGUGCAAGAGACAAAUCAGUACAACCGGUUUCCGUUUGGAAACAGAAAUUGGAAUCCAGAUGGAAGCAAUCACUUCACAUUUCCAAAUUCAACAGUCACAUCAACAUGUACAUCAGAAGGUUGUGCUACAACAGACGACAUUAUUGGGGCUUUGUUUAAAGGUGAGACUAGUGGAACUCUGAUAGAUCUUGAUGUGGAUUGGAUGUUUCCAGAAAUCUGGGGGUUUACAGUAUAUAUACCAGGCAUGCUUAAGGGAAAGUACAAGCCAGCAGCUGCACAACUCCUUUCAACCAGGAACUCAACUGCUGACCCAGAAAUUCAAGGUUAUGCUAUUGGUAACGCUGGGAGGUUUAAAAGUAAAAUUACGGACAUUCAAUGGGAGAGUGAUUAUUACAAAGCAAUGUUCGGUUCGGCUGAAACAUUGUCUAUACGGUUUGUAAUGGAUCUCUACAAUCAAUACUCUCACAUGUCACGUAUCAUUGGAACUAUAGGUCUAACAUCUGAUAAUGAUCCACUGGAAGUGACAGGCGGAAGGUUAUUGCUCCCAGAAGAUCCCAACUUAGGUCCAACCCCUGUUUAUUAUGAUACAGUUGCGAAGAAAGUAUCACUUGAUCUGAGUAUGAGUUUUGAGGGUGAAGUUGAUGGAAACUUCCACAUUUCUGACACAGUUUAUGUUGGAGUGGUGGAUGGUGCAUGCACAAAAUCAGUUGAGGAAUGUAUUACACCAUUAAAUAGUAAUGGUGCCCUUCCUCUGAAUGGGAGGGACUGGUAUGAGGUAUACGGGGCCAUGGUGGAUGUUGAUGUGACCGAAACAGAGGUAGAUGUUUCAUCAUCAAGAAUUGCUUUAUAUUACGAUGAUGGAAGUACAAGAACUUUGAUUGCGGUUGAGUCCGAUAAUGGAAUUCAGAUCGGUUUGGCAAACAACAACUACGAACGUUUGAAUGUUGGAGAGACGGCAGAUUAUAAUCCAUUCAUCACUCAAUUUGGUGAACCAGUGGUUGGGGCUUCCAUUGAAGUUGCAUUGCUUCCCGAAAUGAGUUCAGUAGAUUGUAGUAGACCAACUUGCUUCAAUGAACUGUUAGUACCUACUGAUGUGAUAACUAAACACCUGAAUCCUAUGUUUCCUUAUCUUGUUUCGAACACCUUACAACGCCCUUUUAGAGUUGGACAGGGCUACGGUAAGCAACUUCUGGGCAACAAGGAAGGAGAAUGGUACAUGGAGCAUUUGUUGUCAUGGUACUCACAUAGAAACGACUCGAACGUUCUGUUUGUGUUUUAUGAAGAUCUGAUACAGUAUCAAGAAAAGGAAAUCAAGAGGAUAGCUGACUUUCUUGGGGUUGCUGUGUCCGAUCAAGACGUUUCGAACAUUGCAAAAGAAACUUCUUUCGAAUCGUUGAAAGAAAAGAGCAAUGCCUCCGAAAAGUUGAUGAAUUUCUUUCGAAAAGGCAAGGUUGGAGAUUGGAAGAAUUACUUCACUGUCGCACAAUCAGAGAAAAUGGAUGCAUUGGUCAAAGAGAAGUUGGCUGACACCGAUAUUAAGUUUAUUUAUGAACUGUAG